CCUCACCUUCGCUCUCACUCUCAAGCCUGGGCUCGCGGAAUCUUUCCUCGGACAGGCUCUCCCGCCCUUCUCUUCACAACACUCCAAGUGAAUCUGUCACCGUCGCAGGCACAUCCUUAGACUUCGCCCAUCGCCACUCUUCGAGUUCCCGGAGCCGCAAUUUCAGUGUUCAUAACUUCCAUGAAUUCUAGAUCCUCUUACAGCACACAUCAUUCACGGGACUAUUGCCCCACCUCCAUUCUACGGACGAACUAUUGCAACGUACACACACAUGUAUUCGAAUUCCAUCCAAAUGGACAUGUUCUGCCAUUGAGGCUCCGCUGGACCGAGUUCUUCACGCUGAACCAUUGAACGUCAGACAACAGGCCGGCGACUCUACUGUCGCAUUCGACGACCUCCUAUGGUUCAUUCCACAUUGUUCGACUCAGACAAUGACGACCCAUCUACACUCAGCAAGCGAGUGUCAGAUGGCAUCACCCGUGGAGGUAACGGACUCUCAGACCACGAACAGUCGGGCAAUCCGAGUCCUUCCUCACCGAAGCGGGUGCAAUCAGCACACUCCAAAGUCGACCCAGAUGGACGAGCCGCUGGUCGGGAUGUCCAUAACCAGUCCUUAUCUUCGCUCAAACCUGCGUUCCAACAUGCGCAGACUCGGCCGGAAUGAACGCCGUAGCAUUGUUCUGGUGGAAUGUCAGCUGACCCAGUGCUUCCACUGCAGUGCGCCCGAAAAC